AUGGAACAGGCCUCGAACGUUGGUGACACUCGAAAGCUCUACCGUCUGAUCCGCCAAGUUAGCGGUAAGCCCUAUACACUGAGUGACUGUUCGCGAUGUGAACGGCGGCUUUAUUGCUGACAACCCGGCCAAAGUCGAGCGCUGGCGUGAGCACUUUGAGCACCAUCUCAACUUCGAUACCCAACCUACAUCGCCCUUGUUCUCCUUCUCAGCGGAGUUUCUUCCCUCUCCUACCUAUGCAGUGCCAUGCGAUCCCCCCUCCGAGGAAGAAGUUGCCGAUGCCAUACGAAAGUUGCGCAACAAUAAGGCACCCGGAGAGGACGGUAUACCCGCUGAACUCUUUAAGUCUUGUGUCGACACUCUGGCGCCCUGGCUCCAUGAGGUGAUUGAACGAGCGUGGAGAGACGAGGUUGUUCCUGAUGACUGGGGCUUAGGCAUCCUUGUACCUAUCCUCAAGAAGGGAGAUAAGACGAGAUGCGAGAACUACCGCGGCAUAAGUCUCAUCGACGUUGCUGCGAAGAUCUUCGCUAUUGUCCUACUCAGGCGAUUCCAGGCUGUGCGUGACUUAAGGACGAGACCCAACCAAGCCGGAUUUCGUGCUGGGCGUGGAUGCGCAGAUCAGAUAUUCACACUGAGGCGCAUUCUCGAAUUUCGCCAUAGCUACCAACAACUGACGGCCGUCAGCUUCGUUGACUUCGCUGCCGCGUUCGAUUCCGUUCACCGUGAGUCCCUGUGGCAGAUAAUGACGCUAGAUGGUGUACCGGCCAAAAUCAUCGCCAUGAUCAAGGCCUACUAUCGUUCCACUACUGCGAGAGUCCUCGUCCGUAACAAUUUUUCCCAACCGUUCGGUAUUCGGUCUGGCCUCCGACAGGGUUGUAUCCUGUCACCCAUACUGUUCAACUACGCUAUUGACUGGAUCCUCGGGAGGGCCCUACGCGACACUGACGGUGUUGAAUUUGCACCCGGACAUCGACUGACUGAUCUCGACUAUGCCAAUGAUAUCGCCUUACUUGUUUCAAGUUUUGGUGAUUUGUAG